GACACUGCGGUGUUUGCAACGCUCAACAAAAUGGCUGCGAGACCACAGAGACCGAGAGCUCACUGAUACGCCUCCCAUGACCGUGCUUUGCGCCGUCUGGACCCUCGCAGAAUGUAUUUUCCCGGAGUCGCUUCUCACUUUGCAUUCGCGUUAGCCGGCACGUCGCGAAUCGUCCCGCUGGUCACUUAAGAAAAAAAAAAAAUUCAUUUUUUGCACUUUAAACCAAGUUGGCCAGCUGGCUUUCGGACGGCUGUCGGCCAGUUUAGACAAAAAAAAAAAAAAAAACUGCGCCAUUCUUUUCUUCUUUUUUUCUUUUGAAUUGAGGCUCAGUUUCUAUCAGCAAACCUUCCUCUGCUAGAAUUCUGCUGCGUUUUACAAGGUUGUUUUGGCAUCGUUGUUUUUGUUGAUGUCUUCGCUUCCUUUUCAUCCCCGCCCCUUGUAUUUCAUAUCACAUAUGGCGUUUUAUCACGUAGUGCAUUUUUUUGCGACAAUUUUAAUUUUUCACUCAUGCUGCAUAUGACAAGAUUGUGGUUUUGUAUAUGUGGCUGAAGGGGGGGGCGUUGUUUACCUCGCUCUCCUGUCAAUAAGCUGCUACGGCGGCCGCCGACGAGGCUGCCAAGUCUUGACUGAAUCUGCUCCAUCGCUUUACGGGUAACUUCGGAAACAACACCGGGGAAUGAUUACAAGCUGCCAAAGCCGCGUCUAACGAAAGCUGAGAGAAGCAAGCAACACAAGAAAGAGAACCAUUUGAUGGAAGAAAAGAAAAAGAAAAAACAAGAAGAAAAGAUUAAGAAGGACAUUGCUCUAAAGAAGGCUGCUGAACAGAAAUCCAAAGUGCCAGAACCUGCUCCCACUAAGCCCAGUCCAGGCACACCACACCACUUCCACCCUGCCAGCCCUACGCUGCCCCUCUCCUUUUCAUUUUCUUCUGGAAAUGACAAGCGCACCUCCUGCAGUAGCCAGCUCCAGAGUCCGACCGCCCCUCAGCCACAGUGCCCUUCGUCCUCUGCCAGCUCUCGCUACCCACCCAGAGAGGUGCCCCCGCGCUUCCGGCAGCAGGAGCACAAGCAGCUACUGAAGAGAGGCCAGCCGCUGCCUGCAGGAGCCUUCUGUGCUCUCACAGCCUCCUCUUCCUCCUUGUCACCUUCAUUACCUCACUGUUCAUCUUCUACAACUACCAGCAGCACUACCACAAACUCUGCAGGCAAACAACAAUCAGACAUAUCCCUCAAUAGUAGCCCUUCUGCUGAGAAUUGCCAGUGGGGAGCCUCCUUGCAUGCUGACAGCAUUUCCGGUGCCAGCAGCUGGAACCAAGGAUAUACUGAAGAAAUUGAAACUAAAACCUGGCCUUCCAUUAACCAUAGUGGUGACCCCAGACGACCUGCAGUACCAGAAUGCCCCUUGGGCUCAGCUAGCUUUAGCAGAGACGUCAGUGCUAUCACUACUGCCAGCAGUACUUUUCUGAGUAUGGCCACAGGUGCCACAGGCCAGCCGUCCCACUACACAUCUCUUAAAUCCAACAGUAACAUGAUGACAGGACCUGGAUCAACCAACACAUUGUCAAGUAACAGAGGUUGGGGCUCAGAUGCCAAACAAGACGGAAUGAAUAGUGGGCGAGUAGGAACGCCCAAUCACUGGGGCUCACCCGGUUUUAACUUAAAUCUCAAUCCCAGUGCAAACCCAUCUGCCUGGCCUGUUCUGGGUCACGAGGGUGGUGGUGGUGUUAUUGGCCCAAAUGGGGUCUCUGCUUCAACUCAUCCACCAGGCAGUGGGAAUGGAAACAUUGGGAAUGGCAGCCUUGGAGGCACAAGACCCUGUAGUGGAGGUUGGGUUAGCAUGGUUGGUGCUAAUGAAAAUGAACAGCAGCGCCCUUCAACCAACACAGGCUUGUCCUUCAAUAUGGAAACUAACCUUAACACUGAUGGACCAAACCACACCAAGCAACAAGCUCAGGAGCCUAUGAGCCCUAUCCAUGGGUUAACUGGCUGGGGUGGUCAGUCGCCAACUGAAUCAUCCCAACUUAAUGGAGACACAACAGGCAGCUCUGUAUGGGGUAGUGGAGAAGCCAAGGCAACUGACUCCCCCAAAGACACAGUUUGGGACACUGCUUCCUCUACAGGCCUUUCUGCCUGGGGUCGCCAAGGUAGUGGUGGUGGUGGGAGUAAUGGAAGUGGUAGCUGGGGUGACUGGGGAAAAUCCUCAGGUGGUGGCGAUGCAUCGAAAGGCUGGGACUCUGUUGAUGCUGUCGUUUCAGGCACAAGUCAAGAGCAACAACUUGGAUCAUGGGGUAAGCAGCCUGGAACUGCCCCUGCAAGUGAGGGUAGUGGGGACAGCAGAGAUGGCAAUUCUGACCCCAGAGAUAGGUCCUCAAGUAUGGAUUAUACCCCUGUGUUACCGCGACAGGACCUUGAUCCUAGGGUGCUGAGUAACACAGGUUGGGGACAGACGCCCAUCCGACAGCAUACAGUGUGGGAGAUGGAGGAAGCAAAUUCCGAUGAUGGGAAAAGCAACAGCAGCUCAGACACUUUUGAAAGUUCCAGUUCUAAUAGUGGAUCUGCAUGCACCAAUGAAAGUACCAUCAACUCUAACAUUGGUACCAAUUUGAGACAUGGAUCUGAUGGAAAACAUGACAGCGAAGGAUCACCAGGUUGGGGAGCACCUCCACCUCAACAAGUAAAGACCCCAUCAGGAUGGGAUGAUCCCACACAUUCACAGAACGAAGCAACUAAUGGCACUACUGGUGGAUGGGGAGACCCUUUGCCUGCCAGUGGACCUAAAAAUGUAGGUAUGACAUCUUGGGGCUCUGAGGACAAAUCACCAAGCUGGGAUGGUGACAUGACAAAAAGCCAGUCCACUACUUGGGGAGAGGGCCCGCUUAGCUCCCGUGGUUGGGGCAAUAGCAAUGGAGGUGUCAACAAUUCUAGCACAAGGGAUUGGGGUGAACAAGAACGCAAGAACAAUGGGUCCCCUAACAGUAUGUGGGAAGGGGAUGGAGGUAAUGGUGGAUGGAAGGACAAUGCUAGAGGAGGAAUUAGAGGAGGUGAUAAACUGACUUCAUCUGUCAGUAGCAGUACUUGGGGAGAGGCGUCUCGUACCAAUGGCCCAGUGCAAGGCACUUGGGGUUCCUCCAAGCCCACUGAAAGUAGUAGCAGCAGCACUGGUAGUGGAGGAGGGGGGAGCAUUGGUUCUUGGGGAGGUCCUGGUUCUGUCAAACAGAACACUUCCAGCUGGAGCAAACAGGACCAACGCUUGGAAUCUACUGGUUGGGAGGAGCCAUCACCGCCUUCAAUUCGCAGGAAGAUGGAAAUUGAUGAUGGAACAUCCACCUGGGGUGAUCCUGGCACAUACAUGAAAACUGUCAACAUGUGGGAUCGCAAUAAUCCUAAUAAUAAUCCAGGCAACAGCGGCCCACCCGCUACUAAGAAUGGUGGCAUGAUUGCAUCCAACAGCAACAACAACAAUCAUCCUGUUGGCCCUGGCAACAGCAGUCACCACCACAGCCAUCCAGUGCACCAUCAUCCUCACCAUGGCAAUGCGCCGAGUCAUCUCCAUCAUCAGCAUCAUGGAAACAACUAUGGGCCACCCAACAAUUGUUCACCACAUGCAAACGCUGGUCUCCAGGGUAGACCUCCUCUCGCUAACCCAGGCUGGGGGGAGCUUCCCAAUGUUCAGCCCAAAUCAGAGCCUGCUUGGGGAGAGCCCGCUGCGCCAACAUCAGCUGUAGACAAUGGCACCUCUGCUUGGGGCAAGCCUUCAGGGGGUGUUAGCGGAUGGGGAGAUGGUGGCCAUGAGCCCUCCGGACCUUAUGGCAGGGCCAGUGGACCCUCCUCUGCUGCAUCUUGCAAGCCGGGUCCCAAACCUAUGCAAGACAGCUGGGGGAGCGGAGGGGACGAAAUGGGAAUGUCUACUGGCCAGUGGGACAAUGAGGACGGGGACAUGUGGAGCAGCCCCACCUCACAGGAAUCCAGCUCCUCCUGCAAUUCCUGGGGCAAUGGACCCAAGAAAGGCCCUGGCAAGGGAAGGAUGAUUAACAAGCCAGAUGAGACCUGGAUCAUGAACCGUCUCAUCAAACAGCUCACUGACAUGGGUUUUCCAAGAGAUCCUGCUGAGGAGGCUUUGAAGAGCAACAACAUGAAUCUCGACCAGGCCAUGAGUGCUCUUCUGGAGAAGAAGACUGACCUCGACAAGCGUAGUAUGGGCAUUUCUGAUUAUAGCAACGGCCUGAACAAGCCACUGGUGUGUCGCGCAUCUAUGCUCUCAAAAGAUCCCUCUGACCGCCACGCCUUCCUUGACAAGGAUGGCGCACUCUCCGAUGAUGCCCCACCAUCACCAUUUAUGCCUUCCCCCAGCCUGAAGCUUCCCUUGGCCAACAGUAGCCUUCCUGGGCAGGGUCUGGGACCGGGCACUUCGGGGCUGGCCAUGCAAAACUUGAACAACAGACAGAUACCCAGUGGAAUGUUUGGCAGCAGUGGAGCAACACAAAGCCGGGCCAUGCAGCAGCAGCAGUCUCCUCAGCCACCAGUGCCACCUCUUAGCUCCUCCAUGCCUAGUCUACGUGCUCAAGUGCCUCAGUUUCUCUCCCCUCAGGUCCAAGCACAGCUCUUGCAGUUUGCAGCAAAAAACAUUGGUCUAAACCCUGCACUUUUAACCUCACCAAUAAACCCUCAACAAAUGACCCUGUUGUACCAACUCCAGCAACUGCAAAUGGCAUACCAGCGUUUACAAAUCCAGCAGCAGAUGAUGCAAGCGCAACGUAACGUUUCCGGCCCCAUUCGACAGCAAGAGCAGCAAGUCGCACGCACAAUCACCAACAUGCAGCAGCAGAUCCAGCAGCACCAGCGUCAGCUAUACCAGGCGCUGCUGAUGAAGCAGCAGCAGCUUCCCUCUCAUUCCACCUCUUCUUCCUCCCAAGCUGGUCUGCAUGCCCCUGGGAUCCCCACCAACGGUUCCGGAUCUUCAAAAUCAACCCUGGACCCUUUCACGGGCCCACAUCAUGCACCUGGCUUGGCUGAUACACUGCACACCAAAGAGCCGCUGUCUUCACCCAAUGCCUACAGCACCUACCCUCUUUCUGGACUGAAUCCAAACAUGAAUGUAAACUGCAUCGAGGUCGGAGGUCUGUCACUGAAGGAGCCCCCUCAACCCCAAUCCCGCCUUUCCCAGUGGACGCACUCCAACUCUAUGGACGGCCUCAGUGGCAACACCUCAAGCCUGGAAAAUAACCUCAACAAACACGGUGCCAUAUCUGCUGCCUCUACACUUGGUCCCCCUGGAAAGCCCUCACAGCUGGACGAUUCCUACAGCCCAUACAAUCUGAUGUCCAGCUCGGACGCCCCCGCCAGCUCCUUGGUACCCCCAGACAGCUGGGGCCAAGGCAAGAACCCCAAUGAAAAGAUAACCAACGGGACCAACAUCAACUGGCCCCCAGAAUUCUGCCCGGGUGUACCAUGGAAGGGCCUUCAAAACAUUGACCCUGAGAAUGACCCCAAUAUGACCCCUGGCAGCGUCCCCAGCGGUCCCACAAUCAACACCAAUAUCCAGGAUGUCAAUAGAUACCUGCUGCGUGACAGAAAUGGAGGCAAACUAUCUGAUGUUAAGUCCACUUGGUCCACGGGGUCUAUAACCCAGAACCAAUCCUCCUUGACCCACGAGCUAUGGAAAGUCCCUCAAGGCCCACGCGGCUCGGCGACCCCAUCUCGUCCCCCGCCAGGCCUUACCAACAACAAACCAUCCACCACCUGGGGAGGCAACUCGCUGGGCCUGGCCCAAGGCUGGAGUGGUUCUUACACCUCUGAGGGAACCACCUGGAGUACAGACAGCUCCAACAGGACCAGCAGCUGGCUGGUGCUGAGGAACCUCACACCUCAAAUUGAUGGUUCAACCUUGCGGACGCUGUGCAUGCAGCACGGCCCCUUGAUCACAUUCCACCUCAACCUGACCCAAGGGAACGCCGUGGUGCGCUACAGCUCCAAGGACGAGGCCGCCAAGGCCCAGAAGUCUCUGCACAUGUGUGUGCUAGGUAACACCACCAUCCUGGCAGAAUUUGCUGGCGAGGAGGAAGUGAACCGCUUCUUUGCACAAGGCCAGUCGCUGGCCUCAAACAACACCACCAGCUGGCAGGCCAACCCGGGAACCAAUCAGAAUCGAAUGGGCGGGGCAGCCGGGUCCCACUCCAUCGGACAAUGGAGCAGCGGCGGAGGAGGAAAGGCCAGCGGAGGUGACCUGCUUUGGGGGGGAGUACCUCAGUACUCCAGCCUGUGGGGGCCACCGAGCGGAGAGGACGCCCGCGUGAUCGGGAGCCCCACCCCUAUUAACACCCUGCUGCCUGGAGACCUGCUGAGUGGAGAGUCCAUGUAGGAGGAUGCCACAGUACAAUACAGCACCACCACUACAUGGAGAUUCUACUAAAAGGAGCAAAACCAAGCAAAUCAUGUGGCGAUAAUCAGCACCAUUUUAGAACUUUCUGGAACUGUGAAUUAUGAAAUGGAAGGCUUAGGGUUCACUAGGCCUUUCUUUUUCGUUUAUGUAACUUUCUUUUAUUUUGCAACCUGAAAAAAAAACUGAAACACAACACAAAGAAACAUUUAGUUUUUUUGUUUGUUUAUUUAGGAAAGCAAUCAAAGCUGCCAUCUACCUUUUCCCUACAAAAAGAAUCAUCCCAAACAACACUCUCAAGCGACCAUUCCCAGCAUGCCUGCGGCCAAUGAUGUGGUUGGAUGACCUUUACUCGUUACUCUUUGUUUCUCAGCACUAAUAUUAGCCUUAAGUGCUUUCCAGGUCCUUUUCAAGCCAAUUUUUUUUGUUGUUGUUGAUAGACUGAAGAAGCAGAUGGAAUCUUGCACAGUUUUUGACCUCAUAAGCCAGCACCAAAUGGCUGGUGACCAAUUCUUUAUGGGAGGCCCGACUCCUCAGAUUCUUCACUUCUGACAGCUGGUUCAUUGUUCUGAUGUCCGUCCCCCAAUAUAUAAGCUCUGAGCCACUGCAACAGGGCCCAAUCACUGACAAGAUCCUCGCGGUCACCUCCAGUUCACUCACUGGUGCUUUGUGGAAUCUUCUACACCAUUUCUGGAAGUGUCGUCACAGGGAAAAGGAAAGAGGACGCGGCUUUAACCCUUUUUAACGUGAUGGUUUACAUUGUGCAAUAUACACCGUAGAAACUCUCUAACCGUCCCAUUGGAGUUGGUCGGAUUUUGGAACUUGAAAGACCUUUUUUCUUUUUUUUUUUUUUGGUACCGUCUAAACGUCAGACGUGACGUUACGUUCGAAAAUCUGUGCAAAGAAGCAGCAACUCGGACUGCAAUGCACACUUCCUGCCUGCGUGCCGCACCCGCAGCCAACAAGAGACAGGACCCGAUUGGACGUCUCUGGGUGUCUGGCACGAUACCAAAUAAAAAGGGGGCGCUAAAGGGUUCUCCCAAUGCAGUAGACCUAUGAGUGUUCUUCGUGGAUAAACACGGGAAGGCUUCUUAUCAUAGCACUUAUGAAGAGCUCGGGGCUUCGACUCAAAAUAGAAAUAAAUCAAAAUAAGACAAAAGUGCUGACGAAGGGAAGCGCGACUGACACAGAGUCAUCUUUGUGAAGAAUUGGAACCAUUUUUUUCAAGUGACUAUCACUGUUACUCCAAAAGGUCUAAGCCUUGCGCGCUCUGGAGACUGAGCGUGGAUGGUCUGGGGGGCGGCUUCCACUGAGUGCCUCUCUGCUGUGGUCCACCGCCCCGCCCCGUCCCGUCCUGUCCUGUCUGGCAAUAACCAGACCAACCCUCAUCCUUCUUCUCCUUCUCAGUUUUUGAAACACAGAUCACUUUAGCUGGAAGAUCUACUAGUCAUAUUUCUGGAUUGUGUCUGGUUGUCGUUCGUAUCCACAAUGCAUACAUAGAAACACGGCUGCCUGAAGGAGCCUUUCACUGUUCAUAUGCAGAAACAUUUUUGCUCAGAGGUGCCUCUGUGCUCAUCCUGUGUAUUGAAUGCAAAACAAGGAUCAAUACUGAUGAUUGUCUAUUACUUAUUGAAUUGAACAUGAUUUGUGUCGGACAGUAUUUUGUCGUACUUCAAGGUCUUGGGGUGUUUUUUUUCUUUUGGUCCAAGCUGCUCCGCGUGCCCGCAGGUUGCCUAGCUGCUACGCUAACCCCCUCGAAGCCAGCCACAUUCAGUAGCCCCCGUCAACCCAUCCCUCUCCUCCCCUGUAUCUGUUUCUAUGCAAAAGAUGAAAAGCAAGCACGCCAACCCCCUCACCCCAGCACUCCUCCCACCCUUACUGUGAACUUCACACGGCUGCCAUUUUCUCUCGACACUGUCACUAAAUUGCAGUGGAAGACUUUAUCAGAAGGCGCGUGUCCAAACUUGAUCUCAGGGUAGGGGGGGCACCAAGUACUACCAUGCAACUCUCUCCUUCUUUCUCACUCCCUUCCCCCACACCUGUCCUUUGUUCUUGUGGACACCCAUUGAAAAAAUGCCAUUGUACUCACUUUUAUUCAAUUUGACAAAACUAGCACUUGCAUUCCUUCCCUGAAGGAAUCUUAUUGGGGGGGGCGGGGGCAACAGGGCGGCAGCAUCACACCCUGAAAUGACUGAUUUUCUUUGUUUUUGUUUGUUUUGAGGGACAAACCCGACGCUCACGCAGCGCAGGGGGAGGGUUCCACUUUGCUACAGUGCACAGUUGAUGAUGGGUAAUUCCGGGUACAUAUUUUUUUAAAACCAAAAAAAAAAAAAAAAACUACAAAUCACAUUUUAACAUCAUUUUUAUGAAGUUUGACAUAAAAAAAAACUUUUAAAAAUGCUUAAAAAUGUAAAUGAGGAAAAAAAAAAAGGAUCUAUGAUAUGUUGAAGCGCUGCACUUCUGAGACGUCUCCGGUCGUUGCGUUCUGCCAACACCAUGAACAAGUAGACCUGCGACUGGGGUGCCUUUCGUGUCAUUUGAUUCGACUUGUUUAGUUUUAUUGUAGAUGCUGUAUUUAUCUGGUGUUUAUCUUGUGUUCACGUCCUGCUCAAAGCGGGCCCGAUGAUGAACUAUACAUUUCCACUGUAUCGCUGUCGGCAAGAGGUACAUCGUCUUAAAUCAAGAAGGAAAAUGAUGGGACAAAGGCUACCUUUCAGGACAUGGUGUCCUGCAGCACACAAGCAAAAAUCACUAUUGCCUGUUUCUGUAAAACUGCCUUGAUUCAAGAAGCUCAGAUAGACCCAAUAGCCCACCAGUUAAUCACCCAGAAAGGCACUCGAGGCUUUCCCAUGUUGCACCAGCAUCCAGAAGCUCCUCUCUCUGUGGCUCUCAUCUUCAUAGCAGUAAACAUUUACAAUAUGUGCAAUGUGCUACAUACAGUACAUAUACUGAAUAUUAUACAUACAUACAUAUACUGUACACAUGCGUGUGUGUCUCUGUAACAUAUAUAUUAGAGCUGUAACGAUACAAAAACUCGCUAUACAAUUCUUAUCACAAUUUUUUUACCCUCAAUUCAAUAUACAACGAUUUAAUUAUGAAAAAUAUUUUUAUAACAUUAAUACUAACAUGUUAUGGAACAAUUUACCUGAUAAUGUAACACUAUUACACAAAAUAAAUAUAUAAAUAUAACAAUCGUCUCACACCACGAGGCAGAAUCAUGACUCCAGAGUUUCGUGAUUUCAGUUUCGAUACUGUGAAUCGUUACAGGCUUAAUACUAGGGCUGCAGCUAUCGAUUAUUUUAGUAGUCGAUUAAUCGAUGAAGUAGUUCGAAUAAUCGAGUAAUCGGAUAAAGAACAUAAAGAAUUAAAAUACCUGAGCUGAGCCUCAAACAGUAUAAAAAAAUAAAUGAGGAUCUAUGUACAACAAAAGAACAAUUGGCUAAAGUCCACUGGCUUAAAUGCUAUAAUGUGCUAACUUUUUUUUUUUUUUUUUUUUUACAAUGCUCUUAACAAAUGGUCCAGACACGUAUUCCCCCGCAAAAACUAAAAAAACAAAAAAAAAACAGCCAAAUAUACCUAUAAACUAAAUUACGAAUGCAUUAAAAAAAAAUUAGGUCAAACUCAGCUUAUGUUGGUCGUAACAGGGAACAGCUGGAUUCUGCCACGUGAAAUGAAGCAGGCUAGAGGGCAGUGUAUCCACCAAAAUCAAUAAAACUAAAUUAAAUACAAACACUUUCAAAACAAAUGAUUACAACGCCACUUUAACUAAACAAAUACUCAAAGCAGCAAAAUUUAAUUUGAAUCUUUUUUUUCUAAUCGAAUACUCAAGUUAAUCGAUUAAUCGUUGCAGUCUAAUUGAAUACUCGAGUUAAUCGAUUAAUCGUUGCAGCACUACUUAAUAUAUAUAUACAUAUUAGGGCUGCAGCUAUCGAUUGUUUUAGUAGUUUAUUAAUUGAUGAACUAUUUAGUUCAAAUAAUCAAGUAAUCGGAUAAGGAACAUACAAAUUUAAAACACCUGAGCUGAGCCUCAAACAGCAUGAAAAAAAUAAGUAAACGAGGAUCUACGUAGGUACAAAAAAAGAACAAUUGGCUAACUUACAUAGCCAAAAUUCCGCUAGCUUAAAUGCUAUAAAAUGCUAACUUUUUUUUUUUUUUAUUAAUUUAAUUUUUAAUGCUGUUAACACAUAUUCCCACAAAAACUGCUACAUAUACCUAUAAACUACAUUACAAAUGCAUUAAAAAAAACUAUAUAAAUAAUAGUUCAAACCAAAUAUUAAUCUAUGUUGGUCUUAACUGGGAGUAGCAGGAUUCAGCCAUGUGAAAUGAGUCAUGUCAUAUUCACUGUUGCCACUAGAGGGCAAUGUAUCCACCCAAAUCAAGAAAACUAAAUGAAAACACUUUCAAAACAAACCAUUACAACCCAACUUUAAUUAAAUGAAUACUUACAGCAGCAAAAUUUAAUUUGAAUCUUUUCUAAUUAAAUUACUCGAGUCAAUCGAUUAAUUGUUGCAGCACUAAUGUAUAUAUACUGUAUGUAUAUAAUGCACACACAUGUAUGAAUGUGUAUUGUUGUGAUGUAUAGCAACACAAGACAAGAUGGUAGCCUCCCAAACAUUUCAUUUGUAUCAGCAAGGUUUUACUGAAGAUGAGCAAUAUGUAUUUUCUCACUCCCACACACACAAGUGGUUGAAAACUAAUACUUGAGCAUGUGUUCUGCACAUUCUGCUUUUCAGCCACAUGAAACGGUAUACGCCGUGUACUGUAGAGUGUAUUUCUUCAUUAGCCUGCCCUUCAACGUAGGUAGAACAUUUGCGAAGUAAAAUAAUAAUUAUAUUUAAAAAAAAAAAAAAAAAAAAAAAGAAAGAAAGAAAAGAAAAGACAUAUCAAGGAAAAAAAAUUAACUUGAAUACUUGAAUCUUGGAGUACAAAUGAGUAUUUGGGCCACGUCAACAGAAAAAAAAACAUUGUACGUAAGGUUGGGUUUUCUUUUUUUGCAGUCCCUUUUUGGAGCAUCAAGACCCUAAACAGUAAGGAUCUGACAAAAAUGAAGUAUUGUUAGCACCUUUACUCCUGAAAAUCAAAGCGCCUUUACUUAGAUAUCCUUACUUUUUUUUUGUUUUCAUAAUAAUGCUCAACCAUCACACAGGUCAGUUUGAUGGGUUCCCCUGAAACAUUUUUAGGGGAUAGUGGGGCAUAUUAACUUUAUCCCGCUAACAUCAUGACAAGUCUUAAAGGGAUCCACGGAUAGAAAGACUCAUACUUCUUAAAAGAUAAAUGUUGUUAUGAGUUGAAAUUGAUAUUGAAACCCCGCUUGAUGUUUUCGUUUUUAAAUAAUUUGUAAAAUUAGUUUAACUAGUAGGUCGCCAAUGUUGUUGAUGUCACAUGGUUACGCUUCCAGAUUAUGACUCUAGCGACAUAAACGUCAUUUGUCCAACCCUUUCAAUUUGAACCUGAGAGGAACAUUAAUGAGCAUGACAGCUCUGUCGAUAUUUCGCAAAACAGCAGCAAAAGCUAAAUUAACUGGAAAGACGAGAUGAGAGUAGGAAAAAACUGUGUUCUGCCAAAAUGUGCUAAGCCGGCGAAACGCCUACAAGAGGCGAAUUUGACACCCAAAGUACUAUCGUGUGCUUUCAGCUUGUUUUGUUUAGACGCAUACAGACAGAACAAACGAAAGAUGCUUUAAGAACAUACUUUUAAACGUGUUAAUAUCAAAUAAGGGUGGUUUAAAUAUGCCACGUGACUAACGUGCACAACAGCUCAACAAUCUGCUUUAAAGCUACCACAAGAAAACUCAAUGCUUAAAAGUAUGAGAGGGAAAAACAUGCAAUAAAUAUUUUGAGGCAAUGGAAAGGGAAUAAAAGACUCAAAUAAACACAUAGUAAGUACUUGCCGCUUUUAACCGAUGUGCGCAUGUAUUGUACGUCUCGCCGCAUAGAAGAAAUUUUAGUAACACUAGUAUCCAAGUGACAAUCUAUGUCAUCACCCCGAGCAUCCAUAAAACAUUGCGCCCUCCGUAGGUCAAAACGUACUAAAUACAAGAGGUGGGAAUCUUGGGGCACCUAACGAUCCGAUUACGAUUCAGAGGCUCUGAUUCAAUUAUAAAUAGAUUAUUGAUGUACCCACCCGCUUUUAAUGUUUUUGCACAUUAGUUCCAAAAUUGUUCAAAAAUCCUCUCACGUUAAACCAAACUAAUAUUUCAGUAUCAAGAUAACAGUUAAAAACGGUGAAUAAAAUACUCAAGUCCCCAUUCUGUAUCAGCAGCUUUAAACUACAUUCAAUUAAUUUAAUGUGAAUCAACUGUUAAAGUUGUUAAAAUUGCUCCCGUUAUUCCAUAAUUUCCCUUCUGUCUACUUUCAACAUGUCAAAAUUUUGAAACUGUUUCAUCAAAGAUAGAUUCAAGUCAUGAUUUUGCGGAUUUAGGAGUAUUUUAGAUAAAAAGUUAAUUAGGUUCGCUAUAAAAGAGGCUUCUAGAGAAGUCUAUUAGUUUAAGAUGGCGGCUGUUUACUAACGCCGGCAAGUCUGUCAUUGCGCAUCUAGUUCUCUACACCUGUUCUAACACCACCGUCGUCUGUCAUGUCGCAUCUAGUUCUACAUAUAUGUGAUAUCUACCGUAGCCGUAUGUUUGUAGCAAUUGGGCGUUGUUUGUAGCAGCUGUCAGCCGCAGUCAGGUAUUAUUGUUUUUUUUAUCUGACGGCAUGAGUUGAACAUGAUAUUUAGUCUCGGUCCGUUCCUCAUUGCGUCCCGAAGACCUCACUGACUGUGUUUUAGUCCGGCUUUACCUGGUACAAUUAAAAAAAUGGAAUUUGGAUGUUUGUGAAUAAUUCUCGAAUCUUCCACGGCCGCAUCGUGAAUAAUCUUUAAGAAUCCGAAAUUCCGCAAGCCUCUACUAAAUACUAUAGAUUUUUAAAUCAAUGGCAAUAUUUUAUGUGUUUCUAAUAACGUAUUUUAGUAAAAGAGAACAAUUGUGGCUUAUUAGAUUCUACAAGUCUUGAGGUCCGAGGUCCGAUGACAAAUAUUGACAAAUGUUUUAUACUCAUUUAGUAACAUGGUUACAAAGGGAGGGGAGGCAUUUUAAAAUUUGGUCUUAAAAAUAUACUUUUUCCUAACCAUAAAUUCAUCUUUUUUUUUUUUUCUUGGAAAAUGUAAGUUUAAAAAAAAAAAAAAAAAAAUCUGUAUUUAAAGCUUCUUCGGGUUUUCCUUUAAAGUGUGACUUCCUCUGAUCUGUGUCUCACUUUAGGGGUCUCAGAAGAAAUGUUUCCCAGUUUUUACCACUUUUAAGUAGCUUAUGUUGAAAAUGACAUCUAGAACUGAAGAAGCCUUUUGGGUUAAAUUGUAAAAAGUUAGUAAACAAGAAAUGUCAGCAUUACCUAAUCUUGUUUUCUUCUUUUGAGAGUGGCCCAAAUACUCUUCAGUAAAUGAACACCAUUAAUGUAAUGUGAAGUUAGUAAAGGUCUCUCGUCUGACAGCUAAAACACGGAGACCAAGUUACCGAUCUUGUCGGGGAGAAACAAGAAAUGCAACUGUCAUCUUUUCGUUUUGAGUGCGACUGAUGUUCGAAUGUGUGCCAGAAACUGUUAUUUUUUGUUGUUGUUCUUUUGUUUUCUUCUAAUGUUGCACUGAGUGUCUUGUGCCCCUCACUCAGCUAAUCACAGUCUAAAAGUACGGGAGGGGCCACGGCGACAAUUCACAUGUACGUGUUUACUCAAGGAAUUCAUUUUUUUUUUUCGUUCUAUCUGUACAAAAAAAAAGUUGAUCUACCUUAUAGUGGCUUUUAUUGUGGAAUAAUUCCGAAAGGGGAUUAUCAUUUUGAGUAUUGCACCAUUUUGUUCCAAUAAGGUGGGGAAAAAUAAAGAAAAAAAUCUUCAAAAAAAAAUAAAAAAAUAAAUAAAAACAUUAAAUUAAAAAAAAAAA